UUUCAGAUUGGCUGCGUUGAGGGUGAAGACCAGUAGGCAGCUCCCAAGAUGGGUGAAAGGAAAGGUGUAAACAAGUACUACCCUCCAGAUUUCAACCCUGAAAAGCAUGGCUCUCUCAACCGAUACCACAACAGCCACCCACUCCGGGAGCGGGCUCGGAAGCUGUCCCAGGGCAUCCUCAUCAUCAGAUUCGAGAUGCCGUAUAACAUCUGGUGUGAUGGCUGCAAGAACCACAUUGGCAUGGGUGUUCGUUACAAUGCAGAAAAGAAGAAGGUUGGCAAUUACUACACCACCCCAAUUUACAGAUUCCGGAUGAAAUGCCACCUCUGCAUCAACUACAUCGAGAUGCAGACAGACCCUGCCAAUUGUGACUAUGUGAUCGUGAGUGGCGCCCAGCGCAAGGAGGAGCGCUGGGACAUGGCGGACAAUGAGCAGGUGCUGACGACAGAGCAUGAGAAGAAACAGAAACUGGAGACAGAUGCCAUGUUCCGCCUGGAGCACGGUGAGGCUGACCGGAGCACGCUCAAGAAGGCCCUUCCCACCCUGAGCCACAUCCAGGAGGCACAAAGCGCCUGGAAGGAUGACUUUGCCCUCAACAGCAUGCUGCGGAAAAGGUUCCGGGAAAAGAAAAAAGCCCUGCAGGAGGAGGAGGAGAGGGACCAGGCACUGCAGGCUAAGGCGAGCCUGGCCAUCCCUCUGGUGCCUGAGACAGAGGACGACCGCAGGCUGGCUGCCUUGCUCAAGUUCCAUACCCUGGACUCAUAUGAGGACAAGCAGAAACUCAAGCGGACAGAGAUCAUCAGCCGCUCCUGGUUCCCCUCGGCCUCAGGACCCAGCAACAGCAGCAAAGCAGGCAGCGUCCUGAAGAAGCUGGCCCAGAACCGCAAAUCUGCACCUGCCGGUGCCCCCAUCACUGUGGGGGGCCUGGGUAUUGUGCGAAGGCAGUCCCGAGAGAUCUCAGAGAGCCUGGAGCACGUUGUUGAGACCCCCAAGUCUGGGAAGCCACAGGUGUCAGAGGGCACCACUCAGGACAGGCUCACAUCCCCACAAGACUGCUCUCAAGAGACAGCCAAGACCCCCAAGACAAGGGGACCUCAGGGGCAGGAUGGGAGCUGUCAGGACAGGCUCCAGUCCUCAUCAGGCUCCUACCAGGAGGCAGCCGUCCCCCAGGACAUGCCACACCCCUGCAUCCUCAGCUCCUCCCUUGUGGCUGACUACUCAGACUCAGAGAGUGAAUGAUUCCUGGGACUGGACCCCCUCUGGAGGCUGAGGCAUACUCAGGAGGUCCCUCAUAGACUGCAGCCUCGCUGGACCUCCAGCCCUCUGAGAGCUCAGACAUCACCCCCUCCCCAGACCUUGCCUUCCUGCAGUGAUGGAAUUAUUUAUUUGGUCCUGGAGAGGGGGAGAGGGUGUGUGUGCCUUGUAGGACAUCCCCCCUCCCCCAGACAUUAAAGCUCUGCUUCUUUGC